CGAGCGGUUCCAGUUUGUUAUUGGGUUUUUAUGACCAGGUUUAAUUGUAAGAAAUCGUUGAGAAGCACAAAUAGCGUAGUUUAGAAUUUGAGUACACUCUCGUGGAAAAUUACUGCGGUAAUUUUCAAUACUUCUACGGAAAGGAAUCUUUCGGACACCCAUUAUAUUUCCCAUUUUUCCGCAAUGGUUCUGACAGCCAAUACGCGGCCAGUUCUAAUGAAUCGGAAGAUUUUACGGACCAAUCCAAAACAAUUAAUUUAUUACAAAAAUGUGUGUGGCGCACAUGCGCCAUCUGUCAUAUAGUUUAUACACAACAAUUAAAUAAAUUCUUGUUACGCAAUUUUAAUUUAUAUAACAAAACAGUAUAUUAACGCCAGCUCAAUCGUUUACAUCAAAAUGAAUUUACACAUGUAAACUUCUUUCUGCAAUUCUACUGAAUCAGCAUAAUUUAUAAUUUGCCUUUCAAACAAUGAAUGCAUUGUUAAUAAUGGAUUAUACGCAAAUUUUUAUCACCACUCACUUUUGUACUUUACCGCUUUAAGAUUGAAGGUUGCAGCCAGCGUUUUAAAUUUAAGGUUACUUAUAACAUCGUUGAAGUUAUUUACGUCUAAAUAAUUUGAUUGUGCGUUGUUUUGAAACGAAAAAUGCCCUCCGACGAAGUGUCAUCGUUGCCACUCGAUAAACUACCUGCAGAGUGGCAACAAAAUGAUCGCCUCGAUGUCCUGUUUGGCCCUGUACGUAACAAAUACGUCAAUUCAUUCGAUUGGGAAAACAAACGCAAGUUUUGGAAAGAAUCAAUUGAAGUACACUGCUCACAUAACAAACUCUACACUUUCAACUUGUCUCGUUUAGAACGAGCUUUCCUCCACGAUCGUCGCACACCAGCUUGCCUCAAAGACGUCUUUGAAGAUCUGAUUAAAACUGGUGAUUUAGUACCACUAGUUGACUUUUUGCAAAAACCAGAAACUACUUGGAGUGGAUGGGCCACUAGUACAUUGGUAAAGAAGCCACUGUCAUGGACUUUCAACAAAAUGAAGAGUUCAAUUGUCACUACAAACACUGCAAACAUUGAAUAUGUUCAUCACACAGUUGUAAAACAGGAGGCUACAAAGUUACUUGAUGCCAUCCCAGAUAAUCUUCUCAACACACUGUUGGAGCUGAAAGAUUUUGCUAAAGCGAUGGAUUUUCCUCAAUUGGAAAGUAUUAAGAUUUUAUUACAUCAACUGUCCCUGGAAGAAAAAGUAGCAAUAAGAGAGUGCUGCCAUGAUGGGAAACCACUAAUGUUGCUGAGGUUCAACACUGUACCAAAAGCACUGCAGGAUAUUGAUGAACAAAUCUAUAUUUUAACCAAGGAAGAGAAAAUAUUACAAAAUAAAGUGGCAUACCUGGAGAAUAGAAUUAAGGAACUGCAUAAAGAGGCUAAGGAACAUCUUACACAGGGAAAUAAACAUAUGGCAAGAACAGUAUUAAGGAAGAAAAAAUUGCAAGAAAAGUCAAUCGAGUCUCUUGAGAAAAACGCGCACAAUGUCUCCUCCUUGCUGCAUAAUCUCGAAGACACCGCACAUAACCACGCCGUUUAUAAAACUUACCGCAUGGCGAUUGCCAAUUUAAAAGCGAAUUUGGAAAAGCUCAAUAUCGACAACGUUGAUGAGACAAUGGCGCAGUUGGGCGAGUUGGUCGAUACCAACAACGAUAUUCAAUCUGCAUUGGGACAAAGCUUGGAUGCAGGCUCCGAGGAAGAUUUGGAAGCUGAGCUGGCAGCACUAAUGGAGGAAGGCAGUAAUGAUACACCAAAUAUUUCGCCAAAACCAAAAUCAACCCGGGUGGAAAACGAAGAAGAUGAAUUGAAAUUUCCGAGUGUGCCUAAUUCACCCAGUUCAACCGUUGGAGACACAGCAAAGACUGAACCUGCUUGAUGGGUGAUUUUUUACAUAUUAUACUAAAGAGAGAAAGUAUAUCAGGUUACCAUUACGUUUUUCUUAUUUUUAUAUCAUUAUUUAAAGAUGUUUUCUUGUUGCGCGUUUUAAACCACUUUUAACGAUAAUAAUUUAAUAAAGAUUUGUUUUGUACGUA